CCGGAGGCCGGCCGGCCGGCUGGCGGAGGGGAGGCGAUGGCCGCGGCGCUGCCUGUGCUGCUGCUGCCCCUCCGCGCGCCGCCCGGACCCCUCGCCCGCGCCAGGCUCAGCCGGCGCCACCAGGCCCUGGCGCUCGACGCCGCCGAGGGCCGGGAGCUGCGCUGGGAAGAAGGAGGCCGCCGCCGCCCCGCCCUCCUCGCCGUCCCCGGCUGCCGAGACUUUGUGUGGGAGAAUUCGGAAGACCGCGAUCCCGUGGCCGACAGCCUGAAGCUGCUGACCCUGAGCCACAGCCGCGAACUUUCUGUGUAUGAAGUUUCCCCAAAGGUUCAGAAAUGUAAAGCGACGCUGGUGCGUAGCUGCACUGAGGACAGGCUGAAGAGGCUGAUCGAACAGAAAAAUAUUAGUGUGCCACCAAUCUCUUCUUUGAAAGUGCUGUCGUUUGAAAAUGGCAGAGCUCUGCUCAUGCUCAACAGCUCUAUUGUUGUGUGCCUUGCUUUUCCGGGAGGACAACAGGAGGCAGAAGAGCUGGAAGACUGUUUUUUCCUUGACCUGUCACCACAAGUUUUGGAAAGGAUUGUGGACACUUCCUUUUGCAGAGGUGUUGUUGUCUUGUUAGACGAAUCAGGAUGGAUAUACGUGUUUGACGCAGUCGAUGGGACGUAUCUCGCCUAUGUUGACGUUGCCCUCUAUCAAGCAGAGGAGCAAGAUGAGAAGAACCCGGCGCUUCUGUCACCACUGGAAUCACUAAACCUAUCACACGAUCUCAGUGUCGCUGUCAUCACUAGCUGUUCUGGCUAUGCUGCCGCUAUUGACCUUGAUUUAUAUUUCAGAGAAUAUCCUGCACAUUUACUCUGCAAGAGAAACUUUGACGAUCUGUUUGUAGAACAACUGAAGGAGAUGGACGAGGAGGACCUCAGAAGCUCAGAUUACAGCAUGACCCUGGUGAACCGGGCAUUUCAGACAGACAGGUCCUGGAAAGCACACUUAAUUUCAUUAAAUGAAACAGCCAAAAGGGUUUAUUCUCCAAAUUUGGUAGCUGAUGUUCACUUACCUUGGUAUCAGUACUGCCUGCAUCCAGAGCACCACGACUGUAAGAUCCAUAAAGCCUCUGAUUCUGCCCUUCUUCAAGAUGUUACUUAUGUCUUUUCAAAUGCAAGGAAGAAAGAUCAUAAAAGCACCAAGGAACGAGAACGGCGGUGGAGGCCGAUACAUCUGGGGGGGUCAGAAGACUGUGUAAAAAUCGAAUGUAAAUCUGUGACAGGCUUUAGUGCAUUAUUCGCCGUCUCACACGAGAGCGAAGGACUGACUCUGGUUCUGUGGGAUUUGGAGACUCAGGAUAUCGUGCGUUCUCACAUGGGCAAAAAUGCCCUCUUUGUGGAAUGCGGCCAAGAGGAGCAGUCGUGUCUCAUCUUUUCAGAUCUCGGCCUCUCCUUGGUUCUGUUCGGCUUAACUCAAGAAGAAUUCUUGAACAGGCUGAUAAUUCAUGGUCGGGCCGGCACUGUGGAUUCUCUUUGCCGUCUCAAUGGAUGGGGAAGAUGUUCUAUUCCCAUACAUGCCUUAGAGGCUGGCUUGGAGAACCGGCAGCUAGAUACUGUGGAUUUUUUUUUAAAGAACAAGGAGAAUCUUUUCAGUCUCUCGUCAGCUUGUUCCUUACAAGACCAGACUUCAAAAAUCACAUCAGAUUUUUAUUUGAAGAGUGUUGAAGAACUGAAGCCGGCCUUGGACUUGCUUUGUUUGGCAAUCCAAGAAAACGACUUGGAAGCGCAGAGCAAGCACUUCUCGGAGCAGCUGCUGAGCCUCGCCUUGUCUUUCCUUAACAAACAUCUCUGCGAGAUUUUUGUCCACAUAGAAGAACUGGAUGAAAAUCUAGAUGGAUGUGUGCACAUUUUAACCAGCUACAUCACUAAACUUCGUGCAUUUAUGAUCAAGUUCCCUCAUAAGCAGUCCAGCGUCUUAAGCACGCCAUGCAAUCCUGAAGAAGACAUACCCCAAGUGCAGCAACGCCAGGCGUGGGAGCAGUGCAGUCCAGAGGAAGUUAUCGCCAGUGCUGUUUUGAACAACAAACUGCCAGAAGCACAGGCCUUUUUCCGGAUGACUGGUAAUCCUGCUCAGAAACUGGAGGAGCUGACCCAGAUUGGACUAGACCUGGUAUACAGCAGCCUUCAGAAGGGUGAUGUCAAAGAGGCCUCCAAGCUCUUAACGAACAUGGGAUUUGAUGUCAUGAAGCAGCUGCACAAAAUAUGUUUCUACACCAGUGACCAGCCUGUCCGUGACUUCUUGGUGAAAGUGUUGCAGGAAGAACGUUACUUUUCUGAGGCUGAAAAGAAAACGAUCGACUUCGUAGAUCAGGUGGAGAAGGCAUACUCAGGAGCUUCGCAGGGGAAUGCUGAGAACUCCCAGGCUAGGUCCUGGGGAAAGGAAAAGGAUCCGUCUGUCCACAGGCCUGCUUUGGAUGUGUUACUGAAUUGCGACCGGGAUCGAGUUCAUAACAGAGAGCACAGAGUUAUGCUAAGCUGGGCUCAGCCCUGGGAUCAAAUCACGCGAGAGGUGGUCCUCCUCCCUACCCGAUCCCCGGAAGAGUUGAAGUCAUGUAACUCAGAAGUUCUUUGGAUGCAUCUGUCAUCCUGGCACGACUGGAGCAGCAUCAGUUCAUGGAUUGCAGACCCUCGGUCCCAGGGCGGCAGCGCGGACUGGCCAGCACUGGCCCCGGAGGCCCUGGACCGAAGCACCUCGUGCAGCCGUUACAUGAGAAAUGAAAUAUUGGACAGACUGGCCAGAAAAAAGGGAUUUGCACCGGCAGAACUAGAAGAUUUCAAGCGCCUUCUUCAAAGGCUGGCUCUCGCUGGAGGAGUGAUGCAAGAUCCGCCGCCCGUCUCAGGCUAUUCAUCCCCCGGGGGCUUCGAUUUCCAUGCCUGCUUUAUCCUUUACUGUUUAGACCGUGGGCUAAACCAUCUACUCUACACCUAUUUAGACUAUUAUCGUUUAUUUUCUUCCAAUUGCCCCAUUUUGAGUGACCAGGCGCUUCAUGAAGCUCAUCCUUGGUUUGAAUUCCUGGUGCGGUGUCGAGACAUUGCCAGAAGCCGCGGAGAUGCAGAGAUGAUUUUUCAGGCCAGCCUCGCAAAUGCCCAGAUCUUGAUUCCCAGUGACCAGGCCAGCGUGAGCACCAUGCUUCUGGAAGGACGGACGCUGCUGGCUCUGGCCACCACCAUGUAUGCUCCAGGAGGCAUUGACCAGAUUCUUCAGAAUGGAAGUGGAGGAGAGAGCCCUGCCCAGAAGGUGGAUGCCCAGCUGUUCCGGGUGGCCCUCGCUCCCUAUCCCAAGCUCAAGGCCGCUCUUUUCUCCCCACCUGCCUCUCACGGCAGCUUGCCUUCUGACGUCUCUCUGUACCACCUUGUUCAGGCAUUAGUUCCGUUUGAUCCUGCUAAACUGUUUGGCUGGCAGCCCACUAAUUCCCUUGCCCUGCCUGAUGUUGGCAGCGAUCUCCCUCACUUCUCAUGCCCCAGUCUCAUUAACAAAUAUGCAGUGAUCGAGCGGCUGGACUUCUGCUACUAUUUGCGACAUGAGCGCCCCUCGUUCGCUUUCGGGACCUUCUUAGUCCAGCAACUGGCAAAGAGCAAAACCCCAAAGCAGCUGGUCCAGCAGGCCGGCCACGAAGCCUACGCACUGGCCCUCUCGCUCUUCCACAUCCCCUCCGUUGCUGCCGCCUGCGUCUGUUUUUUGGAACUGCUGGGCCUGGAGAGCCUCAAGCUCCGGGUGGAUGUCAAAGUGGCGAAUGUGAUCUUGAGCUUCAUGUCUCGAAGAGAAGAACCGGAGCACAACUCCAUCCGGGAGUCCUUGGUUGAAAAACUGGCAGAACUGGCAAAGGGAGAAAAAACAGCUGCAGAAGAGCUGCUUGUCUGCCUGGAGGAAGCAGUUUGGGAUAAGAUCGAGCAUCAGAAUAUAAAGAAGACCUCCAGCAGCGCGAGGAAGCAGUGGGCGUUCGUGGUCCAGUUCUGCAGGCUCCAUAGCCUCAAGCUGGACACCUCCUACCUGAAAGAGUGUGCGCGGUCUGACGAGUGGCUGCCGUUUCUCAUCGAAGCCCAAAUGUAUGACUACCCACCUGCUGAGGUCCUGGCCAUCCUUCCAGACUUCACCCUUCCUCUGCAGGACCAUCUGAGGCUGGCCUUCGAGAGCCUGCCAGCCCCUCUCCCUCAGGUGGGAGGCCAGGUUAGCCCUCCCCGCCUGCCGAGGCAGGAGCAGCAGCCAGGCCGUUCCUGGGGCGAUCUCUUCCACGUUCUGCUUCAGUGUCAGCACCAGCCCUGCCCUUGGCGCUACCUCCUGGGGGAGAGCCUGCAGCACUGUGCUCCCGUCCUGUGUGUGCUGGCCGCCUGCUUCCAGCAGGAGGCCAACAUUCUUCACUGCCUCUGCGUUUGGAUAAUAACUUCUCUGGACAGCUCCACUGUGGGCGAAGUGGUGGACAAUACGGAAGGCUCAGUGGAAACCCACGAGUGGGAUCUUCAGGACUUGGCCACACUGUGGCAGGUCCUUUUGAGGAGGCAGAAAGUUAGAACCCUGCUGACGGGCUUUCGUCUCUUUCUGAAGGACUCUCCUUUGCUGACCACCCUUGAGGUUUAUGAAUUGUGCCUGGACUACAAAAAUUACCCCAAAGCUCAGACGAAACUCCUUGAGCUCCAAGCCAGUCUUUCAAAACUUGAAGCCACAGAUGAAGAGCUGCCUCCUGUUCUGCCCGCUUGGUGGCUGAAGGAACAGGUUUCCUUUCUUCUGGAGCUAAUGCUGCAGCAGUGCAGAACGCAGUACGAGUUGCGAAGGCUCCUUCAGAUCUUUGCAGAUACCGACACCGUUCUUCCUCGUGGGCCAGACAUGAAGAAGCUGAGCGGCCUCUGCUGGAUCUUGAAGGACUCGUCGAUCUCAAUCAGCCGUGCCCUUCUAAGCAGUUACACUCCUGAGAAUUUCUCGAACGAAUGCGCAAGAAUUCUGGAGCAGCUUCAGGAGAGGAGCUGGUUCUCCGUGGCGCAGGCGGUGGCCGAAAUGGCUGGGCUGCCCGUGGACCACAUUGUUGUCCAAGAGAUGCUGCAGAAGCUCAAUCUCUUGAAGGAGGCUGGCCACUGGCCUCAGAAGCAGGCGAGGGCUGAGUUCUGGAAGAGCUGCCACGAGAACUUCGCGAGAAGCGCGGUUUCCAACCGAACAGCCUUCAGUUUCUUCUCUGCUCAGGCAGAUGCUGUAUCUGAGCCCUCGGACACCGAGAGGAUGUCUGCCGUGCAGGAGCGGCGGCUUCUGCUCACCUUGGCCGGCCACUGGCUGGCCAGCAGCGACCCAGUUCCACUGAAUGAACUGGAGGCGCUCGAGAGAAAAAUCUGGCUUUGUCACAUAGCGCAGCAUUCCUUGAACCAGGCUUCUGGGCCGGCCAGGCACCCGUUCUCUCCGGAGAUUCCCAUGACCGGCGGACUGUCCUUCGAUGCCCUGGCCGAGCAGUUCUCCUUCUCCAAGCUGCCUGCCCUCAGCUCUCCCAAGUACCUGCAGCUGGAGGGCCUGCCUUCCCAAGGUGCAUCGCAGGCCGCCCUCCCGGCCGCUGACAUGGAACUGCUGAGUUUCCUGAUUGGGCGCCUUUUAGACAAGGGGCGGGUGCACGAAGCCAGCCGCGUGUGCCAGUACUUCAGCUGCUACAGCCGAGACGUGUUGCUGGCCCUGCACUGCAGAGCCCUGGCUGCCGGGGAAGCUGUUCUCAGCUGCUCCCACCCUGAGCUUCAAGCUGUUCUUGCUGCAAGAGAAAAAUCCCAGCAGGAGGUGGUGGAGGAGGAGGAGGAGGAAGCUGAGGAUGGGGACCUUCAGGACGGGCAUCUACGACGCACCUCAAGCCGGGAGUCCUGGUCCUUUAUGGGAGCUCCGUGUUCAGACGAUAAGGUCGUGGACAGUCUGCAGGCCCUGACUGCCGCGUGCGUGCACGGGCGCAACUACUGCCGGCAGGUCAUCUGCCUCUAUGAACUGUCCAAGGAGCUCGGCUGCUCGUUCAGCGACAUCUCUGCCCGGGACUCUCGAAAGCUGCUCCGCGCCCUCUUGUCAUCUCAGCAGCCAGACAGGUGCCGAAGGGCACAGGCCUUCAUCACCACCCAGGGGCUGGAGCCGGAGCUGGUGGCCGAGCUGGUGGCCGAGGAGGUCGUGCGGGAGCUGCUGGUCUGGUCGCAAGGAGAAGGAGGGCAUAACCAAAUGCUGAAUCCGGCAGAGGAGAGCCAGGUGUUCUUGCAGCUGGCCAAACUGUGCCAGGACCACACUCUGGUGGGCACGAAGCUACUGGAUAGAAUUUCUUCCAUGCCACACGGGGAACUUGCCUGCACCACAGAGCUGCUGAUUGUGGCCCACCAGUGCUUCAGCCUGACCUGCCAUAUGGAAGGGAUCACUCGUGUCCUUCAAGCUGCCCGGCUGCUCACCGAUGAACAUUUGGCUCCCAAUGAAAAGUACGGUCUGAUGGUUCGUCUUCUCACCGGAAUUGGCAGAUACAAUGAGAUGACGUACAUCUUCGACCUCCUGCACGAGAAGCAUUAUUUCGAAGUGCUGAUGAGGAAGAAAUUGGACCCGAGCGGCACUCUCAAGACGGCCCUGCUGGACUACAUCAAGCGCUGCCGCCCCGGAGACAGCGAGAAGCACAACAUGAUCGCCCUCUGCUUCAGCAUGUGCCGGGAGAUUGGCGAGAACCACGAGGCGGCGGCUAACGUCCAGCUGAAGCUCAUCGAGUCUCAGCCCUGGGAGGAGAGCCUCCGGGACAUGCCGAGCCUGAAGAAGCACCUGAUGAAAGCCCUGACCCUCUUCUUGGAUGCCGCUGAAAGCUAUUCCAAGGACUUCUGUGUGCACCACUCGCUGCGCUGCAACAGGUUGACCAAGCUCAUCACUCUGCAGCUCCACCUCCUGAACACAGGCCGCAGCACCAAGCUGAUCAGCCUCCACCAGCAGGACCUGUUGGACUGCGUCGUGAACCUGCCCAGAUUCUACCAGGCUGCCAUUGUGGCUGACGCCUACGACUUCGUCCCUGACUGGUCGGAGGUCCUGUAUCAGCACGUGAUGGUCAAGGGGGACUUCAGUUAUCUGGAGGAAUAUAAGCAACGAGGCCUGCUCAAGGCGAGCACCUUUGAGGACGUUGCUCAGAGGCUGAAGCAGAACCCAGGCAGCGCGGCUCCUCUGAAGAACCUGAAGAGGCUCCUGACUUACUGCGAGGACAUCUACGUGCAGUACAAGCUGGCCUAUGACCACCAGCUCUUUGACGUGGUGACCAUGCUCCUGCAGGACCCCCAGACAGGGGCUUGCCUGAAUGACCUCCUGGCAAACUAGGCCAAAAGCGUCGAAGGGCAGCUGGAGCCGCGGCGAGAGCUGUGUGAGGGACGACUCCGAGCAGAGGGCAGCCCCUGCUUCAGAAUCCGCAACAGGGAAAGGACCUCCUGCGCCGUUCCUUCUCUUGCGUUGGUGGAGGAAGACAGGAAGGGUCGUUUGCAGACUUCAGAGUUGGACUCCAGGACCUGCGGUACUUCUGCUGCAUCAAGAAGCUGUCUGACAGUGACCCUCUGAGAAGCAGGCAACAGGAGCCUUGUGCUGGUGGGUUAAAAAAUUGGGAGUCCUGGUCAAUUUUCUGCCAUGUCAUCGAAUUGGUCUGCGGGACGUGCAGCUGAAAGGGGACCCUUCGCUGUAUAGAAAUGUUUUGUAAAUAUCUAAUCUGCAGUGUAUUAAAGAGCUCAUUUACCAGA